CAGUGGAGAACGCACGCUAUUGUUAUAUCAUUAUCAUUGUCAUCGUCCGUAGCCGUUCGUGUUCGCGCCCGUUCCCGCCGUCGCGGUGUAUUGUGAAUAUUUCGCGUCGACACUCGUGCGAUACCGCGAGGCUGGUUGAGACGAAAAUCUGAUUUUAUCCAAUCGGUUGAUCAUGCGUGUAUGUACGAGGCGCCGGGUGUGAACGAGAGAAAUGUUCGGGCACGCAUGAAACGUGCGGCGAGAGAUCCGUUCCAUCCCUUCGCGGCCGAUAUGCUGAUCUCUGCAGGAUCGAAUGGCGACAUGGGAUGCUGUACUGAAACCGCUUCUCUGACAAUACGGGAUAGUACGUUGUAAACACGUGGGAAAUUGCAUCCGUCGAUCGUCAACGUCAUCUCGAUUUUAUCGUCGAGAUUUAUCCGCAAGUGAAUCCCAGAGAGGACUGCCUUUCAAAUUUUAUUUUGCAUUAAAAAAGUUUAUAGAUUUUUUGUUAAGAGAGCAAAUAUCGAACAUUUGUGUCUUGUGUUGUCGUCCAUAGAUCUCCCACAAUGAUCAAAAUCUAAAACGCCUAUCAUCGAUCGACGUUGAGUUUGUAACUAAUCGACAGUGGUCGGAUGUAAUCGAUCAAAAAGUAGAUCAGGAUUAGAAGGACCCGAUGACGGGGAGGAAGCGGAGGAGGCUCCGAAUCUUGACAGACGAGAAGGGUAGAAUAGGUUGGAAGGAAACUAUGGAUGAUGCUAAUUAAAGCGAUUAGACUUUGGGGUUAAUUGUUCUGGAACGCCAACUCUUGCAUGAUCUCACAUUGAUGCUGCUGUCGUGCUUGUUAUCUUCGUAUCUCUUGAAGCAGGACUGAAAGGGCAAACGAUUCACAACCGGGUCAAUUUGAUGAGCCUUGAAUCUUUGUUGUUACUUACACAAGGCUGAUCUGAGAAGAUUGUUUGAUCGUAAACGAGACGUUGAGUUUGACAUCUCUCCGAAAGUUGUGGUGUUAAUUGCCUGUGCUGUAAUGCCAUUGGCUUUAUUGACAACUGUCAAGUGCGUUUUCUAUUUUCUAUAGUGGAAAACGAUCGAUUUUAAAUAUUCUUUUCUUCUUGUAUAAUAAUUCUAUCUUAUUAUUAUUUAUAUCUACAAUUUGCCUGUUUAUUAUAUAUAUAAUUUCUCCCUUUUUCUAUAAUGAUUAAAUCAAAAUUGUUAAUAAGCUUCUCUUGAUUUUACAAUAGUUGCAUAAAUUAUAUAAACGCAUAAAAUCGACUCGAUAUACUGCGCGAUCGAUAUGAUCUCGAUGAUUGCUCAAUUAGUUUUAAACGUGAGUAUAUAUAGUGUAUCGUGAAAAAUUCAUUCGGUUUGUCUGGCUUUUUUGUGACCGCGCGUGAUUAGUGCGAAAUAUCUCUUUCUCGGAUCGCCCAGAAACGUGGACUAUAUAGUGUGGGUGAAAUAUCUUGACGAAAGUGCAGGAGCUUUAAAACCUCGUGUCAGGUGUCAAAAAAAAAAAAAAAAAAGAAAAACAGCGAGCUAGUGCGUUCUAUUAGAAAUUGAGUACGUAGACGAGUAAUCGUGAUGACGAGUGAUUCGCACAAUAGACGCUUCGUUUGUUCGGAAAUAGCCAGUGGAAACUGACGGAUGGUGCGCUUCCUGAUGUUCGCCAUAAUUGUACGACGGUGGACGGGGUCGAUACGGCCGUAAACCCGAUCAGCUGGAAGGAGAUUCGAAGCUGACUGAGGAUGUCCUCAAAGAGGAAGUCGCCACCAACGAAGCUAUCGGAGGGCGGGGGCGGUGCGGGUACAGUGGCAGGCGCUAACGAGGAGGAGGAAGACACGACCUCACCGGUGGCCGGUUCCGGUGGUGAGGCAACCGUCGGUGAGGAGGGUGCCGCCAUCCCCGUCGACAUCGAAGAGUGCUACUCCCAUCAGAGAGGCGGCGAGUGCGAGUCGUCCGGUUGUUCGUCACCGGCGACCACCAGCGAGCCGGAUCUGCGCGACUCGCCGUCGCCCUCGUUGAAUUCCCUGCGCACGGCCAAACGGCAGAGGCUGCUGUUCCUGUCAAGCCAGGACACUCUCGCGCCGUACCACCAUCCCCAUCAUCAUCAUCACCAUCACCAUCAUCACCAUCACCACACGAACACGUCGUCAUCGUCGGGCGGUGUAUUGGAACCGGCGAGUUCCUCCGAGUGCGGCUCGCCGCCCACUCUCCUCUCCGUUGACUCUUACUAUCCUCAUCAUCCUCAUCACAACAACAACAACAAUACCGUCACCCAAAACAACAAUAACAACAACAAUAACGGCAGCGGCACCGCCGCCGCGGGUAGCAAGAGAUCCAUGGACGACGUUCUCAAAAGGUUAACGUGCAAGAUGAACAGUGAGUCCUUGUCUAUCCAGGACGAUACCACUAAUAGCAGGCGGACGUCGCCGCCGCCGCCGCUCUCCUCGACACCAACUGGCCACAAUGCACAUAGUGGAGUCACAACAACCGUGGCAAAUAACGUAGCACUCUCGCCCGCGGAUGCCGGAAGGAUAGCAAACACGGAGGCGCAGGUACAACAAGACGGCGUAGCGGCCUUUCAUAGGGUCCUAUGCGCCGAGAGUUUCGCUGAGAAGGAACGCCGACUAUCGGAGAUGAUUCUGCAGCUACAAUUAAUUAGGGAGCAACUGUUGCAACAGCAGGAUCAAUCAAAGUCAUAUCCCGCUCACAUGACGGUCGACUCGCAGAAGCAAAUCGAGAUGCAGCGGCUGCAAACGGAACACUUGAAGCGACAGCAAGAUCACAUCAUGCAGCACAACAUCCAGGAGUUGCAGGCUCAGAUGACAAAGAGCCAGCUGAGCAUGUCGGGACCGCAAUCGUUGAUGUUCCUGCCGUUUCUCGAGCAGCUCAGAGGGCUGCCUGUGCAGUCACCCAUGCCUCCGCCGCCAGCAACGUCGACCGCCACUACUGGCAACAAACACAUCAACUCCAUUGCCAAUAUGAUUAGCAGUCAUCGGGAGGGUCCGAGCUGGGCGACCGCGCAUCUCGCGCAGAUGACCACGCAGAUGGAGAAGGAAUCGCCAUCACCGGUGCCGACCUCAUCCGCUGUAGCGCCAACGGCCCCGCCACUUCAGGAUCUUGAUGCGCCGUUGAACCUCACCAAACCCAAGUCCACGUCCUCAGGUGCCACGGCAUCCUCCUCAUCGCCCGGCAGUGAUUCGCAUUCGACAGGUGCCGGAAGUAGCGGCCAGCAGGAGCAGCCGUUGGCGGCGACCGCGCCAAAGCUCUUCCCGCCAGGAUUACCGAUACCACGGAAUUAUCUGCCGACGCUUCCUUACGCCGGUCUGCCGCCGCAUCUCAGCACAUUAUCUUCGCCAAUGGGCAAAGUAAUGGCCAAAGACGAGGCCGGCGGAGCGGGUGGAUCUGUGGCUGCCGCUGCGGUUGCGGCUGUGGAAAAGCACUUCGCGAUGCACGGGCUCUACGGAUUACCGCCAAAUGCAGGUGCGAUGCCACCAUCGACCCAGACUCAAAGACCGAUCAAACAUUCUGGUUCUCGGGAGGAGACGCCUCAGGAGGAGCAGGACUUUCUCUCGACGCCUCACAUGUGGCGAGAUCCGGCAUAUAAAGUAGCGGAAGAUAUAACGGAAAAAGCUAAAAUGGUGAGGCAGCAGAAAAGGGAGAGCGAGAACAAGCCACAUAUCAAGCGGCCUAUGAACGCAUUCAUGGUGUGGGCUAAGGAUGAACGUAGAAAGAUCUUGAAAGCUUGUCCAGAUAUGCAUAAUUCGAACAUAUCGAAAAUUCUUGGCGCCCGAUGGAAAUCGAUGUCAAACUCGGAAAAGCAGCCAUAUUACGAAGAACAGUCGCGGCUGUCAAAGCUGCACAUGGAGAAGCAUCCCGACUAUAGGUACCGGCCGCGACCGAAGCGUACGUGCAUCGUGGAUGGCAAGAAGAUGCGCAUCUCUGAGUAUAAGUCGCUAAUGCGGCAGCGGCGGCAGGAGAUGCGGCAGCUGUGGUGUCGCGAUGGCGGUAGCGAGAUAAACUUUUUGUCACCUGUCAGUGCCGACUUGGCCGGUACGCAGCAUCACCCAGGAGCGGGCGCCGGUCCAUCGGCGCGACCAUCAGUCUCGCCGCCGGCGACGAUGCUGAACGGCAGUGGUGCUGGACCAAGCUCGGAUCAUCCCUCGUUCUACUAUCCGCAGGACAGCCUCUCGCCGACGGACAUGAUGAAUUUCUCGCCCGAGAACUCCGGCUCGAUCGGCGGCUAUGACGCGAGUCCGCGGCAUCACGAUGAGGAUUGAACCGUGGCUCCGGGUCAGCCACUUUGGCCGCCCGGAGCAUCAUCGUCAUCAUCAUCGGCAGCAGCUGUAGCAGCAGCGGCUGCCGCAGCUGCAGCAGCAGCAUCCACGUCGAGACUUGCCCAUGAGCUCUUCUGGUAAGAAUCGUCCGUUUCGAUGUGUCUUAAGUCAUAAGACAUUGCGAACCGCGCUUUUACGCGAGCUGGAAGAGAACCCUAUUACAGGAGAAGAGUCGGGUGUCUCGAAACCUCACUGGAGGUUGUGAUAUAAUCUCGUUCUAUCUCUGUGCCAUCGUACACGAAACGUGAAAGACCUAUUCGCGAAGCAAAGACGCGAAAGUGUGUUCACCUGAUUGAAUCCGCCGUCGUGAUGUCGCUCGAUCGUUGGUCGUUCUUGUUCUUCGGUUACUAGUUAUCUGUACUUCGGUAUUAGUUAUCGAAAGAAUAUUUAUUUUACACACAGUACAAUCUUUUAAUCAAUUAGUUUAUUUGAUUUAUAUGGAAUAUGUGUACUCGAAUAUCUCGAUAGCAAUAUUUUGCGGCUAAUUAACAUACGUCAACGUGCCGGCAAUAGAAUGCGUUUGGAUUCGUCUCGAAUAUUUUGAUAAAUAAUAUCUUCUGACUCCGGAUUCACAGUUUCUAAUUAAAUUGUCUUUUAUAUAUCGGCAAUAGAAGAUCUUUUCGCUUUUACAAUUUUGUAAUUUUUAUAUCGUCUUUUUUUUAACGACGACGAAGAAUAGCAUUUUUUACUCACGUCGGCGGUGUUCUUUGCAUUCUUUGUAUCCUAUAAUCAAAACUGCAAUUUGCACGAUAGACCUCGAAAUCAUCGGUAGCUAAUUUGUAGAGGUGCGAUUAAUCAGCAUUGAACUAACAGCUAAAAUAUAUUCGUUGCACAUUCAAUGUACGUACGCAAGGUGAGACGAUGGGUGGGUACGAAUGCGAGGGUACACGCACAUUCGCAUAAUUUUUCUAAAACAAUCACGUGUCGCUUUGACGUUUCCGACCGACUCAGAUGCGCAAACUCGUGCCGAUCUCUUUAUCAGGACUUGAAUACAUAGCGAAUAUAUCGCGAAUACAUACGCGUUGCGACACGAUGCAUGGCCAAAAAGUCUUGUUCCUAUUCCUUCUAGUGUGUGUGUGUGUGUCUACGAUAUGCCACUUCGAUCGGCCGUAUCGAAAAAAACAAAAAAAAAAAAAAGAUAAAUGAAUGAAUAAAAACUGGUCUUUUAAAAAAAAAUUACAGCAUCUCUCGCAACGAUCGCAUGCGUUCAUAAACGCGUAGUUCCACACGUGGCAAUCUUAUCUUGCGACCGCCCCAGUCAGAGUCGUCUAUAAUGUAUACCAUCAUAUAUAAAACGACCACGUUCGAUGCGCUGAACGAGAGGUCAGAAAAGAGUGAGAAAAAGCUAGAGAAUAAUCGCUCGUGCGAUUAAAUCCCGGUGCGUAGAGGCGUAACGAUUUCGCUUAAUAUAAAUGCGUAGUACUUAUAGUAUUUUCAUCAUUAAUUUAUUGACUCUAAUAUAGAAACAGCGAUAGCCAAGGGAGGUAAUAGUCGACUGAGCAUAGCGAGUAGGGAAAGUGUAACAAGAGAUGAAACGAGAUGGACAUGACAAUUAGCGUGGAACGUCGAUAUAUUAGUACAAUGUUACGGUAAAAGAAACGGAAAAGAAAUUAGCGUUAUUUAUCGAAAAAUUAGCAUGCAUUCAGCGAUCGAAUCGUUGCGCGCGACAUGUCGCGUCUAUUUCGGGGUGCGAUGCAAUGGUGCAUUACAUACGCGUGUAUUAUGUUUUUUCGCUGUCGAAGUAUAUUACGAAUAGAAUGGACCGGGAGGGGAGAAGGGGGAGCUUGGUGAACCCAAGGGAUGGGAUCGAUGGAGAGAUAAUUACGGUUUCGUAUAAGCCGAUGCUAAAAGCGAACACGGUUGUAAUGGUAGUCUGUGACACGAUUAAACAGGACGAUGUAUAAUGAUUUGGAGCUCGAUGUGAUAAUAUUUAUGUGCCAAAUAGCGUUUUCGCGGACGGGGGUUAAUCGAAAAGGAAAUCCCUAAUCCCGUGUCGCCUCGUUGGCUCGACGUGAAAAACGAAUUUUUGCGUCUCUUUUUUUCACGUUUUUUUUUUCUUUUGUUAUUUAUAAUCAGUGCAAUUACAUACACACAGUACCUAAUAUAAUUUUAUAAAGAGAGCCAGUAUCCUCGAUAUAUCUGCACCCAUUUUGUUGGGGCUCAACCGGCGUCAGAUUAGGAUUUAGCUUAAUGUUGAUAAUAAUUUAUUUUAUGUAUAUAAUGGAUUUGUACACACACACAAUGUGUCGGGAGAUAAUCAUUGAUCACGUGAUCCGACACGAGCGUCAAUAUUAUUAAUGUACAGUGUAACUAUAUUGUGAUGUAUCUACGUAGCUACAUUAUAUAUGUAAUUAUUCGAAGUAUGUAGAUUAACAAUGUUAAAUGCGAUACGUAUUCUUAUUUUCAUUGUCAUUAUUAUUUUGAUUAUUAUUAUCGAUGAGACACUCAUUAUAUUAUUAUCAUUAUUAUUAUAAAUAUUACAGUUAUUGAUAUCAUCGUUGCUUAUUUAGUACUAUUAUUUAAGUAAUGGCCUUAUUAUUUUUAGUAGCGAAAAAGGUUGUACGUGCCAGUUUAAACAAUAACGGCAAGUAAAAGUUCGUUGUUCGUUAAUGCUCGAAUACUCAAUCAAAUUUUAAUGUCAUAUUUCUAUCUAUUACAUAUUUUCUUUCUUUCUGAGCUGUUUUCUUCGUCUGUGAUUUCGGAAUACCGCAAGAGUUUCAACUUUAUUUCACCUUUAUAAGUUAUAUUUUUAUGUAAAGUUUAAUGUUUUUAAAGCAAUCUUUUAUUAAUUAAACUUUCAAAACUUGAUAUACGAAAGAAAAAACAUGUUUUCUUUUAAUUAUUUUAUUAGAUGUCAUUAUAACAAUUCUUCCUUUAACAGAGAUAUUAAAUAUUUCGGGUGAAAGGUCUGCCUAUCUUGCAUUUUUUUUCGAUUGUGCCAUACCCUUUCAUUAUCGUGUGAGCAUCGAAAAAUUUGUUUUAAUGUUUAAAAAAUUUUAUAUAAGAUUGAAUUAUAUAUAUAUAUAUAUAUAUAUAUAUUUCUAAUGACAUAAAUAUAAAUUACGCGUAUAACAGAAUUUGGGCCGCAUUUUUUUUUUCAAAAUUUCAUUGGUUUAUUGUACACAAUGUUUGCUUUAAUAAAAAUCGGUUCUGCAUUCCAUCGAUUGCGAUUUUUAUUUAUCUGAUCAUUUAAAUUAACAGCGUUAAUUAUAACAUAUUUAGUUUGUAGCGAUCUUCUUAAUUUCGGAUAUCAUGACACGCAAUAAUCUCAAUACAUGAUUAUUAUAUUUACUGGCCUUUAUAUGCAACCAAUGCGAAUGCAAACUGUAAGAAUAGUAAAUUGUAAAUCGAAUUACACACUACUAAUAUUAUAGUAUAUUUAACGUAAAGAAAAAAAGUGAACAUUAACACCCGCUCUCAAUAUUCCAAGCAUUCACUUCAUUUAUAUGUACGUUGUUGUUAAUGGUAAAAAAAAAAUAUAAUAAAAUAACGCUUUACCGAAAUUCAAUCUUAGUUUUAGGUAUACUAUUUCUAGAUGAAAAUUGUAUGUAUGAAGAAUGUAUAUAGUUAUGCAAUACCAGUGCAUAUGAUGAAAGGGAGAUAUAGUGAGCAAGAGAGAGAGAGAGAGAGAGAGAGAGAGAGAGAGAAUGAUAAAGGAUAUAAAAGUCAGAUGUAUGUAUGAGUGGAAUGAAAUGCUCGCGAUCAUCUUAACACUACUCGUGUGUCAUGAUUGUAAUGUACUAUCGGCAUCAAUAGCGUAAAAUCAAAAUAAAUAUUUAGGAUGGUGAGUAAAUUGCUACUGAUAAUAACUACUUUAAAUUUUAUUUAUUGAUACAUACUUAUAAUGGAAUAGUCUGUCUUCAUCGCGGCAGUGUUAAGAUGAGCGUACAAAACAUAGUAGAGCAAAGGAAAAGUCAUACUUUGGAACACACAUAGUCGUGUAUAAUUGUCGAGUACCUUGCACUUAUCGAACAAAAUAUCACAUCUGAGAAUAUUUGUAUGAGAACAUUUUUAUUGAAUGCAAUUGAAGUUUUUAAAUAGAGAUAUAUUAUCAUGAAUGUAUCACAAACUGGCUGUGAGUCACAGAACUAACUUCUUCAUAUUUCAUUUCUUAAAAGCAUAUCAUUAUUGCUUAAGUAAAAAAUAUAUGAAAAAAUAUUGAAUUGCAAUUAUUCAUUUAUGUUAUUGUCACCCAAGAUGACUUUUCCUCAUAGAUAGAAACAUCAAACGCACUGUAUCACAAUAGAGAGCAGUACACUAUUAUAAAAAUAUAUAAAUAUAUGAUUAUAUUUAUUAUAAUAAUUUGAAAGCUAGGUAUUCUUUGUUGUUUGUAUUUUACAAGCGUAAUCACAUUAUUAUAUAUAAAUAAAUAUAAACUAUAUAAAUGAAUAAA